CAAAACGCUUAAUGAAUGUCAUUGUUCCAUUUACGUGUCGCAACUGAACCUGUCAGACUGGUGCGUAAACGCGGACACAAGCCCUAUAAAGCAGAUGGAUGGCAACUGACACAGACUUUUCUGAAGCCGUUCGGCAAAAUAGCUGCGUUCACCAAUAACAAGAAGACCAAAGUCGGGAUGACAUUACAGAAGGUACUACAAUUCAUCGUUGUUCUCCUUCUGGGUGCCUACAUCUGGAAUAAGGACCCCGCACAGUCUUCAAACUUGUUUUUCAAAGAGAUAACAGACAUAAAACUAACCCACAGGCAUGGUAGAGAAAAAAGGAAUGGUAUCGCCAUCACACCUCCGACCCAACUCAUCUCAGUGGACUUGGUCCUCAUCGUGAACACAUCAAAGCCAUUUGCCUUCAUUGAUUCACUGAGGGUUGCUGUGGAGGAUGCUCCCUCGAUCUUGAAUUCGGAGAUAAAUGAUUUAAGACUGGACUGGAAUCUGACCACGGUUUGCUCUUCAAAUUCAAGCUCUGCUGAUGAAUAUGAAUGUCAGUGCGAGGAUUCAUUCGGAUGGCCGUGUGACGUCUGCGAAACUCAUCCUACGUGCAACAAUGCCAGUACAAUACCAACGUGUGACUGCAUACUUGGCAUCCCUCCAUUUGGGGGCUUCUGUGAACCAAUUUCAACUAUCCCACCAUGUCCGACACCGGUCCCACCAGUCAUGCAGCCAACGAUGCGAGCUUCAAUCGACACUGUUCUCGACAUCAGGACACUCAGGACGGAGCCAACAGAAGUUAUUCAACGACUCAGAGAAGCAGUGGACAGUUUACCAUUAAACGUCACCAUCGAUUUCAUCGUGACAGAAUUUAAUCUGACCACAGUCUGCCAGUCAAACUUCAAUCUCGAAGAGCGGUGCGAGUGCGGGGAAGAGUACCUAUGGCCCUGUGGGGUCUGCGAAACUUUUGGCGCCUGCAAUGACGACAGUGUGGAAAAUUGCGACUGCAUCAAUACAAUUCCCCCAAACGGGAUAUUCUGUCUGCCAAGCAUCUCCGCUACAUGUCCAACAGAAAGUCCACCGACAACGACCCCGACAAUAGACGAGAGGUUUUUAUCGUUCACCUUAGAUCUGGACUUUGAUGACUCAUUCAACGAGGAAAAUAAUAAUGUUUUCCUGACAUCUUUAAAUUCCAUUGAAACGCAAUCUCCGAUCCACAUCCCAGGUCUGCAAUCAGCGAAUCUUUUAGGCUUCAGGUCUGGUAGCACCAUUACCGACUUUGUCAUUUCGGCAAAUACUCCAAUUCAAGACUCGGAUGUUGAAGCACUUCUAGUAGGAAUAUUCAAUGACCUGAGGAACUCGUUUCCUAUGGUGUUUGAGAGCCGCAGUAGCUUAGAAGCUGUACCAUCUGACGUAUUUUUCGGAGACACUGUGACUCUGGCAUGUGGCCCACCACCGCAGAACCUCGACUUCCGCAUCACUUCGACGCUGUGGACACGUGAUGGAAUUGUAAUCAAUGAAGAUAUAGAUGAUCGCCACAACUUCUCACGAGAUGAAAGAUCGGAAACGCUUACGAUCACAAAUUUCUUUGUCACCGACGAUGGACAAUAUCAAUGUCGGCUGUUCGAUGGGGAGUCAAGUUUCCUGCAAGAGUCGAAUCAAAGAGUCAGGCUUGGGAUCAUACCCACAAUCCGGGUUGUCCCGCGCCGAAACACAAUCUUGUGCCAGGUUGGGCAGGAAGUGUCACUCGGGUGCUCUGUCCAGGAACCCUACCGGGUGGUGUUUAGCGACAUCUUGAAUUCAGAUAAUGGCACCGAUAUCCAAGAAGUCAUUACAAUCACACAGGAAGACUGCGACAACCGAGGAAUCAACAUCACUUGUGAAGAGAUUCAAUUUUCUAACUUCAGCCAGAGCAUCUCGUUGGUGUUGGUCGGCGAAGGUGAACUCGUAUGCGUCGGUGAUCCCGACUUUGGAGAUGGAUUUUUAGACGAAGUGGCCAGCGUCUCUUGUGAUAUUGGUGAGGUGGGAGAGAUGACUGCCGUUUGCAGGGAAAGUGGCGAAUGGGAAGAUCGAGAAGAUACCUGCCUCCUGCAGAGGAUUGCACAACUCCUCGUGGAAUCUGAGUUUUUGACCGAAACGACAUUGCCAGAGUUCUUGGACGAACUCAGCAAUGCCACGAUUGAACUGAGCGAGCCAGUGACUGAAAAUCCGAACAACAUCGAGGCCAUCGUGACCAUUCUGAACAACGUGGCCUCCUUUGUGACGACAGUUUUGUUCCAGAUAAGUCAGGAGUCGAUGGAGGAUGUCCUGUUAACUACCGGUGUCCUUACCCAAGAUCAGGCAAUUGACGCGUGGAGCACUCUUAACACUGAAGCUGUCAUCGAGGUUCUAGGAAGGAGAACCGUCACUCCCAGAAACGAGAGCGUCAGCUCCUUACUGUUGUUCGCUCUUGAGGGCAUCACGAGUCGACUCGUCAACGAUUCUUUCGGCAUCGAAACCCCUUUGAUUCUCCUGAACAAAACGGCAUUCAACGGCAGCUUCAACGGGGACUUUAAUUCCACCGUGGAGAUCGACAUCCCGCAGUCUAACAGAGAGACCAACCUCACCGUGAUCACCUUUGAAUCCUUGGAUAACGUACUCCCCCCGAGAGACGAGAACAACGCCUCGGGCAGGGUCAUCAACGGGCGAGUCGUCCUGGUUCAGUCCGACACGACCGUCGACAACAUCACGUUCACCUUUGACAUCGUAAACGACGGCCUGGGGAACCCUCAGUGCGUGUUCUGGAACUUUUCCCUCUUUGAAGGUCUCGGAGGAUGGGACGGCGAAGGCUGCGAGCUCGUCGAACAAGUGGACGACACGGUCACGUGUCGGUGUGACCACCUGACCUCGUUUUCGAUGCUCAUGUCGCCCAACUUUCCCAACAGCCGCAUCUUGAGUUACAUCACCUUCAUCGGCGUGGGCAUUUCGAUGGGGUCUUUAGUUUUAUGCCUCAUUAUCGAGGCCUUUAUAUGGACCAGAGUUCGAAAGGACACGCUAUCCCACUUGCGCAACAUCGCCAUCGUCAACAUCGCACUCUCUCUCCUGAUUGCAAACAUUUGGUUCAUUAUCGGCGCCAGUAUCUCCGAAGGAGAUAGAUCGAAUACGCCCGCCUGCACCGCCGCCACCUUUUUCAUCCAUUUCUUCUACUUGGCCCUCUUUUUCUGGAUGUUGAAUUUUGCCAUGUUCCUGUUCUAUCACACGGUCAACGUUUUGGGCAGAGGACCCUCGAAAACAGCCAUGUUGAUCAUGGGAUUCUCCUUCGGCUACGGGACGCCGCUGCUGAUCGCGACCCUUACGAUAGCGAUCACCGCUCCGAGGAGGACUUACGUUCAAGAAAAUCAGGUCUGCUGGCUCAAUUGGAAUCAGUCGAAGGCACUGCUGGCAUUUGUGAUCCCGGCACUCCUCAUUGUGUUUAUAAACAUCCUCAUCUUAAUCGUGGUGAUGGUGAAAGUACUGCAGAGUCGACGAAAUCAAAGCAGCGUGCAAGAUAGCGAGAAGCACGUCAUGGGGGCCGUUUGUCGGACCUUGGCUAUCCUCACGCCGUUUUUCGGAAUAACUUGGAGUCUUGGAGUGGGAACCCUGGUUGCCCCGAGAAAUUUGGGAAUCCACAUUGCCUUUGCCUUCUUCAACUCUCUGCAGGGUUUCUUCGUAUUGGUUUUUGGAACGCUCUUGGUCAAAAGGGUGCGGUCAGAAAUCGCAAGGCCAUUUAUCAGACUCUCCCAAGCUUCUUCUGGAAGUGGGACAAAGAUCACCAGUUCUGGAAACUCAUCAAGUGUCUUGCAAGCUUUUAAGAACAUUGGACGAGGAGGUGGCAACAACCUGUCUUCUGAUAUCAGUGCAUCAUCUCACGCCGGUUGAUCUCGAUGAGCACUGCACGCAUCUCUGCUCGAGUUGACCUAGCGACAAACGGUCGCCAAAUCUUGUUUGAAUGUUGCAAGAUAAGAUUGUUCUUCUACUUCUCAAGUACUUUCAUACUACUGUCCUAUUGUCCUCUUUCAAGGGUUUUCAAAUUAGCCUUCCGAUAAUAUGUUCUACGCGGCCACACUAGUCAUGAUAUUCUGCUGCAGCGCGCCGGCGGAUCUCGUCGACAUAUCUGCGCUUCCCCCAUCACAUCUCGGCCCAAAGCCUCCAGCUGACUAACGCGCAUGCACGUCAGUAGGCCAAGGCAGCUACACUGAUAGCAUGACUUAUUCAUGAUGGAGUAUUGCCAGAUAUGAAAAGCUACCAGUUUGAUGUUUGAUUUUUGUUUGGAAUAUACAAUUCAGUAAAACAUAAAAGAGGUCAUCCACUUAGCUGAUGGUCCGAUGCGAACGGUGACGGAGCUCCGGACGUCAUGUGACUGUUCCCCGCGUGCAUUCGCUGACACGGCCGUGCAGGACAGUUGGCGAAAGAUGGAGCGCUGUAAUCAAAUGAAGGUUUCCAAGUCAAUAUUCUGUACAAAUUAGUACACAUCUCGCUUCGAUGAACAGGACAUCAUGAGAUACAUGCGCAAGCUCGACAAGUUGGAUAUUACAGAUCCCUGUCAAGCACCAGUAGUGCUUUUUACGACUAUCGCCACGGUAGAUGCGAAGAACUACGAUGGUGACUCCUUCCGAUCGUACAAAGGCUUGGGAGGUUUUACGUUUAGAUUACGUGCUGUGAAAAAGGCGGCGCUGGCCGGAAGGCCCGUCGCAAUUCCUCCUGCUUAACCUCUCUUGCUCGCCAUCGUUAAACACUGAAAGCGGCCAAGAAACUAUAAUUGUCUCCUCUGCAACAGCGAGCCUCUGUGAACAGCUGUGCAUGUGAGCAAAAGACUGAAGCAAAUCUUGGUUACGCCUUUUGUCUCCAGAGUCUCUGAUUGGCUAGUUUUGCCUCGCCGUGACAAGGUACGAAUUAAUACUUUUAAAUAAAAUUAGAGGCAUUCAGAUGGGGACAGAGAGGAUGAUUUUCGCCCCCCCAUGUUGACAAUCGUGUUGUAUGAUGUCUGUUGAGUUUUCUGAUGUCAAUGAAUGUGUACAAUUGAGUGAUCAUUUAUAGAGCCUGAUCGAUACGAAAUGUCAUUCUUUUAUCGCGUGCCACACUCUGUCAUUGUGUUAUUAUAAAUGUCAAUGAACUAGGACCAAAUGAUGCAGUCA